UAUGAAUACAUCCUCAAAACCAUUUAUAAUCAGACACAUACAGUAGAACUAUUUGGUUUCAGCUGAUUCCUCUUCAUUCGAUGCAAAUAUAGAGAAGAGAGUACAAUUUGUACAAGGAGCAAAUACUUUUAUUGCAGUACCAAUUCAAUUGAAAAUUAGGUCAUGUUGAGUUAUGAUAGCAUAUAGCAUGGAUUCUAAUUUUUCCAAUAUUAUGACAAGUGCUUGUCUUAUGCUUACAUGAUAGGGGCUUUGUUAAUAGGGAAUAUAUUUUGGAUUUUGUGUUCAAUUUUUGGGUUUUAUUCGAUUGAUGCAAAGAAUUCACAGAAAAUUCUUAGGUAUAAAGUGUGUAGGACUAGGGAUAUUAUUGGGCAUUGUUGUCGGUUUUGUUCACUAGAAUUCUGGUCUAUGGAUAUAUGGCAUAUUAAAUGAAUUAGUAUCGCUUGUACCCAGAAUCUGAAAAAGUGAUAAGUGACAUUGUGUGUGAAUCACUGAAUCAAACGGGAUUGAUUAUAAUACAAAUCACAAUAGAAUCAGUAGUUUUGUUGAUCAUGAUCUAUUUCUCGCAUUCCAUCCGAC